GUCAUGUGACGUGACGCUUUUGGGCAAGGCCACAAGAGCAGCCCGAAGUUACGGGCGCUAGUCAAUGGCUGCUCGUAUCGCUUCGGAAGAGCUCUUAGGUGGGACGAGGCAUGGAACGGGCGCGCCUAUGGCUUGUGGCGGCAGCCGUGCUGGGAAUGGGGUCGAAGAGCACGGGUUUAACAUGUCUGGAACACCCACAAAAUGUUACCAUCAAUGUUAUUAAUGCAAAUAUUACACUGAAAUGGGACUGGGAUAAUCCAUGUGGCCUCAAUGUAACAUUUUCAGUACAAUACCACAGCCACUCUGCAAUCUGGGCAGCUGUUCCUCAAUGUCAGAAUAUAAUCGUCACAGAAUGUGAUCUCUCGUCAACAAUUCAAGAUUAUUUAGCAUCUUAUAAUGUAACUGUAAGAGUGAACACUCUGAAAAACCACUCUCCUUAUGCCUUUUUAGAAUUUACUCCUAAUCUAGCAGCUCAAGUGGGUCCUCCAGGAGUUUGGUUUGAACGAAUAAAUGGAGAUGUAAAAAUCAAUAUUUUACAUCCUGAGGGAGAUCAAAUAAAAAUGUGGAUGCUAUAUAUAUUAACAUAUCAGCUAACUAUCUGGAAAAAUGCAACCCGCUCUAAGGAAAAAACACAAUCUAUUUUUCCAGGUGAAAUCAUUUAUGAUCUUGAACCAGAAACUACUUACUGUUUGAAAGUUAAAGCACAUAUUGAUGAUCACUUUUCUAUUUACAGUCCCAUGCAUUGUAUACAGACUUCUAAAGUUUGGAUUGGACUACCUCGUCCUAAAAAUCUUCAAAUUUAUAGCUUGAAUAUGAAGCAUCUCUUAUAUUGGGAUAAUCUAUAUAAUGAAAAUGUGAGCUUCAUAGUACAGCUGCUUCCUAGAUACCAAGCCCGUCAUUCUCUUGAUAUUUCAAAGGACUGGAAAAAUGUAUCUGAAUGUGAAAAUAUCCGAACUACAUUUUGUGAUCUCUCUUUCAUUGGCUCCAAUGGAAUUUACUAUCUCCGUGUGCAGGCAGUAGAUAGUCAUAACAAGUCACCUUGGUCUAAAACCUUAGAAUUUAACCCUAUAGAACAAAAUAAAAUGGGUCCACCAACUGUUUCACUCAGUGCCAGUGAGGAUUCAAUUAAUGUUUUCAUCGCUCCUCCUGAAGAGUCUGAAAACAGCCCAAUGAGUGAUACAUACAAGCUGACUUACAACGUUUGGUAUUGGACUUCAUCUAUGGAGAAGGAGCUCAGACGUAAACCAUUACAGUUUAUUAUCUCAAAUCUGAUCUCCUCAACAUUAUAUUGCUUAAAAGUGCAAGCAUUUUCCGAAACAUUUAAUAAAAGUAGUGCUUUCAGCAAUGAAACUUGCAUUAAAACAGCCAAAGGAGAAUUUUCACAUCUCACCCCCCUAAUUAGUUUUGCUGUCGUGUUUUGUAUAAUAUGUUUCAUCGCUGCUAUUUGUUAUGCUUGGAGAAAUAUAAACUAUGCAUUCUUUCCUAAAUGUAAACCUCCAAUGGUCAUAGAGAGCAUUGGAGAAAAAGAUUUGAACAGAUUGUAUUUCCCAGUUGCAGAAGAGCAAACAGACAAAUGUAUGGUCAUAAAUUCCAGCGUUGCUUUUCCAUGUAAAGUUAACCUGGAUGAUGUCAAAUUCGACAAAGAGUUGGAACAGAUCAGUCAAGACUCAGGAAACUAUUUUAUUGAUGACAUUACUAUUUCUGGAGAUAACGAAUCCCAUCAAUCCUCAGAACUAAUAACAGUAUAACUGCAAGAUAAUGUAAGCUGGAAACAAGAUGAGGAAAGCAUCAUAAUGAGGAAAACUUGCUUAUUAUAGAAAUAAUCUGUAUUACCAUUAGUCUAUAACAGCAGUCACCAACUGGUGAUUCGCGGACCACUGGUGGUCCGCAAGAAAAUUUUGGUGGUCCACAGAAAAAUUAUUUGCAUUUUUUUAUAUUGCACUAAAUACUAUUUAUCUUUUUUUUAAAAAUCAUAUUAGUGGUCCGCGGGAUUUAAAAUUAUGAAUUUGGUGGUCCCUGAGGUAUGAAAGGUUGGUGACCCCAGGUCUAUAAAGAACAAAGACCUUUGCCUAAAAGUGGGCCACGAACUGCCUUUGCUGACAAUGAGCGUUGUGGCCUGCUGCUGGAAGAACCGCUUACUACAAGUGAAGGAACAAAUUUAUUUUUUUUAAUGUUAUAGGAAAAAAAUGACUUUAUAUGACGUGCUGAAAUCACAUUCCUGUGUUUAUGUAUACAUAUCGUACAAAAAACACACCUGGGCAUUUCAUUCAUACAGUAUUAACUGCAGUGGAUUCUAAGGGACUAUUUAUAGGUUGAGCCUGUCUAUAGGAGUUUUCAAAAGUAUUAAAGGAAAAGUCUGCCUAUCGUUUUAAAGGAAAGAAGGAAGGAAAGAAGGGUGUUUGUAUAUACCAAAUAAAUAUAUGCAGUGGUUAUGUUUUCCUUGUGCUGUAUGAUCACAAUAUUGGUGCUUUACUUAUUCAUCAUUCAUUAAGCAAGAUCAUUUUCUGACACAAAGCAAGUUCAUCAGGGUAAACUUGUAACAAGUGUUAACCUGCAGAUUAAAAACUUUAAAAUCUGUAUGAGUUACAGGUAGUCUAUAAAACCAGUUGAAUGCAUGGCCAAAGUAUUUUUCGGUAGCACCCUGAACCACUUUUCAACUAUGAUUGCCAGUAACAGAGUUUCUGCUAUUUUGAGCUAGAAAAUGCAUACAAAAAUUGUAUAGUACUGUAAUCUUUUUAAUGGACUUAAUACUGCAUAAUAUAACAAAAUCAAAUAUUCCACCCACAAACUGUGGGGGGAAAAAACAAUGGAAAACUUUGGCCUCACCCAGGUGUCUGAAGUGCUACUACUCACUGGCCUUCAACCUGUUCCCCAAAAUGAAAGUUGUCCACUCUUAAUCUUGGUCAAGUCUCUUGAAUGAAAAUUAAUGUAAGCAGAAAGUUUUUAUUUGUAUGAACACCUAUUUUCCAAUGUAUUUCAGUUUUAGCCUGAAAAAAAUAAGUUCUUAUUGAGCAGGAAAAUGAUUGGGUGCCUUUUGGCCAGUCAUUCUCUUUCAGCUCAAUUUACCUCUCAUAGGAUUGUUGUGGGGAAAACAGGAGGGAGGAAUAUUAUAUACACCAUCUUCACUUUCAUACAGACGGUAGGAUAUAAAUCAAAUAACUUUAAUUAACAGUUAAGACUUAGGAACCUGCAGUUUGAAUGUACAAAGGACAGAAAUAAAGUUUGUUGUAUGAGAGGUUCUGAAAAUUUGAUUUGUUCUUCCCUAGGAUGGAAAAAAAUCAUUGACUAGCAAUCAAAAAUAUCAGAUAUAUUUUAAAGUAGAAGAGAGACAGCCCUAGUUAAAGUUAAAUUGGGUGGGAAACAACAGGGUUUUACAUAUGUCCUAUUUAUCUUUUGCCAAUAAGGAAUCAGAGUGUAACACUGAAUAAACUUUUUUUUAAAGAAA